AACCUAAAACCUUCUAAGCUUCAUUAUAUGUAUCUAUAUUUUUAGUGUUCUACAAAGUUCAAACUGUUUGCUGCUGAAAAGCGAAAAUGAACGUGGAGCUUGACGCGUUAAAUGAGGCACUGAAGGCAGUGAGUUCCCUCAGGUCAUGCGUGGGCAACUUUUUCUUGUCUUUGAGUCAAGGAGUGCGUUCAGAACAUGGCGAGGAUCACAGAGAAACAAAAUACAUUCUUGAGCUUCAAGAUCUCGUUGCAGAGAUCAGUAGCAACAUGAGGAAAGUAGAACAGACUUGCUCUAACAUUCCGCUACCGCCUGACGGACAGAUUAAUUUGGGUAACACAGCUCAUUUGGCCCACGAAACUACACAAGAUCGACAGGCAUUAUACAGUGAGCUUGUCGGAAGCUACAAAUGGACUGAUAAGCUCCAUGAAAUAUCCAACAUCACGUUUGGCUUUUUGGCACAAAACGUGAUGAAGAGGUCGUACAACUCUUACUUGAACUCUUCAGGAAUGAACGCAAAGAGAAGGCGAUUAACACCAAGCUGCCAUAAUAUGUCUAUUAGUUCAGUGGAAGGCGUAAUUACAGCAAUAGACAGACAGUACCAGGAUAUGAAUGUGAAUGUGUACAGGCCUCAUCCCUCUAAUUGCCACAAUUUGCAGAUACAGGUCUCCCUUGGUAGAAUUUUGCGUGCAGUAAUUUCAUUCAGGGGCAUGAUGAUUGAGUGGGUCAAGGUCAAAGCGUACAAUGAAGAGUUCCAAACAGACAGUGGCCAACUUGGCCAACUUGACCUGUGGACCAACUCACGCCACCAUGUUUUCCGAAAAAUCACUGAAAAUGCCAAUGCUGCAAUGCUGCACUUUUACUCUCCCACUCUGCCAGACUUAGCUGUACGGUCAUUCAUGACUUGGCUCCACAGCUUCAGAUCUUUGUUUACUGAUACUUGUCGGAGGUGCGGCAAUCACCUUCUCUGCGCUAUGCCACCUACUUGGAGAGACUUCAGAACACUUGAAGCAUUUCAUGAAGAUUGCAAGCCCUGAAACACAGCGGAAGCUAUUACUCAUUAAAACAAAAAAUAUGUACUAUUACCUGGUGUGACCAUUAAGUUCUUAAAAUACAAAGAU